AUUCUAAAUUGGCCUGAUGGGAAAAUGAAAAUGAAAAUGAAAAUGCUAGUUAUUGGUGGCAGGUGAUAUGAUUCACCCCAUUCCCAUCUCCACACCCACACGUUUACGAAUGGUCAGCGAGGGCGGCCGGAACUAACUUACAAAACCAACCAGGAGGACAAUGCGAAUUAUUGGGGAGAAGGUCAGCGAGGGCGAGAAACAUGAGAUUUGCGCACUGCAACAUCUAUUUCUGGCAAUCUUUGAUGAUAUGAAGGUUGAGGAGUCGGAAAUGGCGUUGCUUGAAAUGGGGAGACGUUAUUAGGGUUUUUAUAAGUAUUGUUAUUGGUUCUGUGUUGUGCUGCCCUUUUAUUUGUAAUGGCCGACGAUGGAAAUAUGGAUCUGAAUUUGAAUCUAAGCCCGCCGUCGAUGCCCCCGCUUUCGCCACCUCAUUUGGGGUUAGCGCUAGGGUUGGGAGCUGCCGGGGAUUCCUCCAAUGACGGAAUAUUGAUCGACGAGGAUAUGUUUCCAAGACGCCUGUGCCGGCGGGGGUUGGGGUUGGGGUUGAAUAUUUUGCCUGAUCAUCCGCAGGAUUCCGGUGGUGACAACGGUGGAGGGAGAGGAGGAGGAGGAGGUAUGAGCGUGGAGGAGGAAGAGGAAGAGGCGUUGCACGGGCUGUUACGGCACCCCGAGGUUCAGAGUUAUAGAUCGAUGGGGAGGCGCCGCUGGAGGCGCCAUGUUAGGCGUAUCAGGCCGACCGUUCUGGAUGCAAGCCCUAUUUCUGUCAGGAGCGAGCCUAUGUCUCCUUUUAUUAUUUUGAGGGCUAUCGAUCAUGGGAACUCUAGUGAUAAUGACGGGGAAAUUCCCAAGGGAAAACCUAGCAGCCCGCCGGUCGGAGAAGUUGCCAAACAAGCGGAUGAAAUCGACAAUAGUGCUUCGAAUUUCGAAUGUAAUAUUUGCCUUGACAUCUCCAGGGAUCCUGUGGUCACAACCUGUGGCCAUUUGUUUUGUUGGCCUUGCCUUUAUCAGUGGCUUCACGUUCACUCUGUCUCGAAAGAAUGCCCUGUAUGUAAGGGGGAGGUGACCGACAACAAUAUCACUCCAAUUUAUGGGCGGGGCAAUUGUGAAGCUCAGUGUGGCGAGAGCAACAUUGGAGAAGAUGGAGAUAAAAUUCAGAUCCCUCCCCGUCCUCACGCGCACAGAACAGAAAGUCUAAGGCAAAGGAUCGGCAGGCCUAUUUCCAGGCGGUUUGUGGAAGCAAUUAGGUUAACCAGGAGACAGGAUGGUCAGCCAAAUGACAUUAGGGUAGAUGGUGAUAGGGAUGCAGAUGCCAACAGGCAGGAGGGCUCAGAGGGCGUGGAAAAUUUGCUCGGAGCUGCGGCUGAUCAGAUUCUGAGUCGACUGCGGCUUGUGCAAUUGCAGAGACGCAGUUCCGAUUUGAGACGAGGUUCUGAUUUACAGAGAGCAGGAGCAGGAGCAGGAACUGGAGGCGGAGUAGGUGCAGGGAACGUUACUGGUGCUGGAGAGAGAGAGAGGUGGCAGAUGAGGCACCUUCUCAGCAGAAGAGCUUUGCUUAGAAUGAGAGAGGGUGAGAGGGAGAGGGAGAGAGAGAGGGAGAGGGAGACCUUUUGGGAACAUAUGGAAUUUAACAGGCUUCAUAGAUCUGAGAGGGCAAGCUCAGAGAGAUUGGCUGCGAUUCGAGAAAGAGUGGCUAGCAUGGAAGGAAUGAUCGAAGCUUUAACUGGUCAGUCUAGAAAUUCAAAUGCACACCCCGUUAGUACCAGCACUAAUGUCCCCGCGGAGGAGCAAGCUGUUCAAGGGGCAACUAGGAUUGCUGUGUCAGAGGAUAGGCCUUCCGUAUCAAGCACAAAUGCCAUCAUACAGACAGGAAGCACGGAACAGGAUUCAGGGAGGUCUUCUUCUCCACAAAGGAGACCAACUGGUGCAUCUCCUUCCUUGGAUGUAGAUGGGGAAUUGCUUCAUAUCAGGAAAAGGAGGAGGCUUAACUAGGGCGCUAUUGGGCCGCCUAGAUCUUGGUUGGAUCAAAUCAGUGCUUCUCUGAGGUUUGGGGCUGACAGUUUUUUAUUGCAGAUUUUUGGGACAGCGGAGGGAUGGCUAUUGAAGUAAUGUGUAAACUUUGAAAAAUAAAUUACAAAAAAUGGUAAAAGGAGCAAUUUAUCAUUAAUGUAAACAAUAUGACUAAAAGAAGCCGAAAUUUAUUCAAUGUUGUUCUGCUGUAUGACAUUAUGCAUCAGAGACACUGAAUCUUAAUAUUUUUUCAUCACUAUCUUCACCUUCUUAAGUGGAAGUUGUACUGUUGACCAAGAUUCCACCGUUAAAUUUUGUAGGAGAUCUUCUACUCUGCUUGGUGUCUAAAUGUCAAUGAUGUAAACCAUCUGAGUAAAUUUUGCAUUGUUGCUGUUUUCAAAGAUAAUAAAACUUAUUGUCA